AGCUUCAGGAUCGCCCAGAUAAAGCUGGAGGAUUGAAGCUGACUGUGUUUACGUGAUUUUUUGGCUCUUCCUGACAGCAGAAGGGCGGAACAGCGAUGAAAAUGGACUUAAAUGCCAUCAUAGAGAAAAUGGAAACGGGCGACCAGGACGCCGCACUGACAGCUCUACAGACAUAUAAUAAAGAGAAAUCGCAGUGUUUUUCAUUCACCUCUGGAGAAGAGGAGGACAGAGAGCGUCUGGGUGAGUUAGUGUUGAGCUUUUUGGAGAGAGACCUCCAGCCGUCCUGCCAGCUGGCCUGCCUGGAGACCAUUCGCAUCCUGUCCCGGGACAAGAAGAGCCUGGCUCCGUUUGCCACCCGCCAUGCCAUGCAGAUCCUGAUCCGACAUGCGGGGCUCGGGCAAGGUGAAGGCAUCACGCCAGAGAUCCCGGAUCUAGAGGUGAUCGUGGAGGCUUUGAAGUGCUUAUGCAACAUCGUGUUCAACAGCGAAUCGGCGCAGGAGGCCGGAGCUGACCUGCAGCUGAUGGUGGGUUUGGCGGAGCGGCUGAAACAGUGCCGGGAACCACUGUGGAACCACGACGUGCGCUUCUUCGAUCUGCGCCUCACGUUCCUGAUCACCGCCCUGCGUGUGGACGUACGGGCUCAGCUGGCACACGAGCUGCGUGGGGUCAGUCUGCUGUCCGAGGCUCUGGACGCCACCUUCGGGCUCUGCUGGCCGGACAUGUAUGAGGUGGCACGGGCCGGGUUCGACGACUGCUCAGAGCUGCCCCCGCUGGGCAGACAGGAGACCGAGAGAGCCAUGGAGAUCCUCAAGAUCCUCUUCAAUGUUACAUUUGAUUCCAACCGACGCCAUGUGGACGAGGAGGAAGCAGCCACAUACAGACAUCUGGGAGCCAUACUGAGACACUGCAUCAUGAGCAGCGCAGAGGGAGAGGAGCGAACAGAGGAGAUGCACAGCCACACGGUGAACCUUCUGGGGAACCUGCCGCUUCCAUGUCUGGACGUCCUGCUGAUGCCUAAAGUCCAGCAGGGCUCCAUCGAGUACAUGGGAGUCAACAUGGAUGCUGUCAAAGUGCUGGUGGAGUUCAUGGAAAAAAGACUCGACCGGGGAAACAAGCUGAAGGAGACGCUUCUGCCCUCGCUGAAUCUUCUAACCGAAAGCGCUCGAAUCCACAGAGAGACCAGGAAGUUUUUACGAAAUAAAGUGCUUCCUCCAUUACGGGAUGUCAAAAACAGACCUGAGGUCGGUAAUGCUUUACGAAAUAAACUGGUUCGUCUGAUGACCCACAUCGACACAGACGUGAAGCACUGCGCAGCCGAGUUCUUGUUUGUGCUGUGCAAGGAAAGUGUGUCCAGGUUUAUCAAGUACACGGGUUAUGGUAAUGCAGCAGGACUGCUAGCCGCCCGGGGACUGAUGAGAGGCGGCCGAGACCCAGGACAUUAUUCAGAAGAUGAGGAUAGUGAUACAGAAGAGUACAGAGAGGCCAAACCACACAUCAAUCCAGUGACUGGUCGCGUGGAGGAAGAACAGCCAAACCCUAUGGAGGGAAUGACUGAUGAACAGAAGGAAUAUGAAGCCAUGAAACUGGUCAACAUGUUCGACAAACUCUCCAGGGAGCAGGUGAUCCAGCCAAUGAAGAUAGGAGCUGAUGGUAAAAUGACUUCAAUGGAACCAGAAGAAUUCCAUCAUUUAGCCAGCCAACAGUUCGGAGAGUCCAAUAAUUCUGACAGUGACAGCGACACAAACUAAUUCUUCCGGAAAGUUCCAAAGUCAUUUCUCCGGAAAGUUCCAAACGAUUUCUUCCAGAAAGUUCCAAAUUACUUCUUCCAUAUAUUUCCAAACUAACUCUUCCAUAAAGUUAAUUUAAUUGCUGCUUUAUAACCAAGAGAAACCUGAUGAUUGUUGUUGUUUCACAUCGGUUGAGGUUCAUUGUUUUGGCAGGAACUAUUUACUUUACAGCAACAAUAAAGACAAGGUUUAUUUGAACAUUGCUAGUUUAUUAAUGCAAAAGAAUUCACCUAAUGGAACUCCAGAUUAUGAUGCAUCACAAAAGCACAGAUGUUAUCUUUAAUUUAAUUGAAUGUGGCGUGAGAACAAAACACAUUUGUUGAACUGGAUGACGGCACUGAUAUUUAUUUAUUUAUUUGUUCAGUUUUAGGCUAAGCUGAGCUAUUUUUUAAGUUAUAAUAAGCAGAUUUUAAAAAUAUUCACGAGAUAUUUUAUGAUGAACAACGGUCCGACUUCUUAAUUUAACCCACGAGCAUAUAAAGCCUCCUGUUAUCAACUUUUCUUUUGUUCUGUGUGGUAAAGAGAUGAAUUGCGGUAUAUUGUUAUUGGUGUAGUUGUGUAUGAAGGACUGAAGGGAAUGUUGUAUGAUUUGUAUAACACUGUGUUAAAAGAGAUUUAUUGUGAGAUAUUAAUAAAAGAACUGUAUUGGU